AUGAUUUUAUUAAGGCCUAAGCAACGUGGACUGUUGAAAGGUUACCAGUCUUCGCAUUGGGAUUCUUUAAAGAUGGGAUACAAGGAAAUGAUGGAUAUGGUUGUUAUGGCGAAGGACUUGUUCAGCUCUCAACCGAUGAUGUUGGAGUGCUCACCGCCUCUCAACAUCUGUGGUGACAUACACGGCCAAUUUAGCGAUUUAAUUCGGAUAUUCAACAUGAUUGGAUGGCCUCCAACGGUGAACUACUUGUUUCUCGGUGACUAUGUCGAUCGUGGGCAGUGGAGCCUCGAAACCAUUUUGCUUCUGUUCUCUUUAAAACUGAAAUUCCCCGCAAAUUUCCUUCUACUUCGCGGCAACCACGAAACACCGAUCGUCAACAGAAUCUACGGCUUCUAUGAAGAUCUCGUACGCCGAUUCGGCACACCUCGUCUUUACAAUGCCUUCCAGGAAGUUUUCGCAGUGAUGCCGUUGUCUGCAGUGGUGGCGGAUAGGAUCCUGUGCAUGCAUGGCGGUCUGUCGCCAUCGCUUCUCACUGCACCCUCGCUUGCCAUUCUCAAUGACAUCCGUCGCCCAAUC